UGACUCUGACUUUUCAUCUCUCCGUCCACCAUCCCACGUGGCAGUUAGCUUCACCAAGAGAAUUCUCAAUCACAGAGAGAUCAUCAGCUGAGAGCGCUGAGAACCUUUACUGAAACUCUGUAUCACUCUGAUCCCAAUGGCGGUCACUUCACCAUUUUCAGCUUCGGUUUAUCUUCGAGGACACCAAUCCAACUCACACCACUUCCUCUCCUCUAAAUCUCCCUUUGCUCCAGUAGUUCCAGCCAGAAAAUCAUUCACAGUCCUUGCUAUGGCACCCAAAAAGAAGGUGAACAAGUACGAUGAUAAUUGGAAGAAAGAGUGGUUUGGACAAGGGAUAUUCUACGAAGGGUCAGAGGUAGUGGAAGUGGACGUGUUCAAGAAGCUGGAGAAGCGAAAAGUGCUGAGCAACGUUGAGAAGGCUGGCUUGCUAUCCAAGGCUGAGGAACUGGGAUUUACUCUCUCAUCCAUAGAGAAGUUGGGUGUUUUCUCCAAGGCUGAGGAGCUUGGCUUGCUCAGCUUGCUAGAGAAGGUUGCGAGCUUCUCUCCCUCGGCUCUAGCCUCGGCGGCGCUGCCAACAUUUGUGGCGGCGGUGGCGGCCAUCGUGUUGAUUCCGGAUGACUCGGUGGGGCUGGUGGCGGUGCAGGCUGUGUUGGCCGGGGCUCUUGGGGUUGGGGCUACAGGCAUGAUUGUUGGGUCUGUUGUAUUGGAUAGCUUACAAGAAGCUGAUUGAUUUUUUUUGGUUGGGGGCUUCUUUUUGUUUACUUGUUUGUAUUUUAAUUUUUAGAAGAGGGAAAAUAAUUUGGCAUUAAUCAAUAAGAGAAAUGUAUAAAUUAUGAUUUCCUUGUA